AUGUUAUAUACAGCCUACGCCGAUCCUCCAAAACUUCGCACGUGUGUGACAGCCUUCUUAGAUACGCUAAAAGUGAUAAUAAGGAAAAUUGAUUCAAUUAAUGAGUGUGCUAAUCACAAAGCCAAAAUGUCAAAUCAAACUGGCGACAUUUUUCAAAGCAUUCUAAAAACAUUUCAAAAUAAAGCAAAAUUAUCCUGCAUAAUUUUUGUACAUUUUGCUUUAUUUCGCUUAUCAUUGCCCAAUGUCGUAAAAGUGAUGAUUACCCCGUGGAAAAAAUACAAGGAAUUAGGGAGGAGAGAAGUGUUAUAUCUAUCUAUUAAAACAGGUUUUAUGGGAACUUUAGCAGAAAUAGCACAAAACUUUCAGAUUUAUGAAGCACUUACAUAUUUUGGACAAAAUUAUGCCUCAUUAGUGUGCAUGAUUAUGCAUCAUCUUCAUGGUAUUGACUGGCUUUUAUGCUGCGGAGGUGAAGGGACUGGCAAAGCUGAUCCAAAUGAGCUACAAUUGCGCUAUUAUUCAACCGCCCUAAUAUCAUGCUCUGCCUAUUAUUCGAUAAUGAUUCGAAAAAAAUUGCAGCACAAUUUAAAUGAGAAUACUGAAAACAUUCGACUAAUUUUUAAUCAAAAUAUCAUUAGUCCUGUUAAGGAAUUGCAGCGAAGUAAACCAGAUGAACUAGAAUAG